CACGCAGCGCGUGCGGGUAUGUUUGUGUCGGAGUGUCGUUUCGCUUCACGCUGAAACAUGGCAGCCAAGAUGGAGCUCGCUCCUCUCAGACCGUGGGACGACUUCUUCCCCGGAGCGGACCGGUUCGCUAAACCGGAGUUCGGAGAUUUAACCAAGUGGAACAACAGAGUGAUCAGCAAUCUGCUGUACUACCAGACCAAUUAUUUCGCUGUGGUCGUAGUGGUUUUCCUCAUUGUGGGGUUCCUGAAUCCAUUUGGCAUGUUUCUGGGAGGCGCUGUGGUGACUCUGGUCUUCAUGGGUUCAGUGUGGGCCGGAGAAAACAAGGCCACCAUCAAGAACUUCAAAAGGAAGAAUCCCACUCUGUUUGUCAUCGGUGUCAUGGUCAGCAGUUACUUUCUGCUGUCGCUGUGUGGCGGUGUCUUGGUCUUCAUCUUUGGAAUCACUUUCCCAUUGCUGUUAACCCUGAUCCACGCCUCUCUGAGACUGCGCAACAUGAAGAAUAGACUGGAGAACAAGAUUGAAGGCGUUGGGCUGAAGAAGACCCCCAUGGGCAUCAUCAUGGAUCUCCUGGAUCAACAGGAGGAGAAGAUGAACAAGAUUCAGGAUUUCAUUGAAAGUAAACUCAAGGAGUAAAGCUCAGCCAAGAGUGUGCCAAGGGAAGCCAGUGUCAUACAGUAUGGAUUGAAAUAUUCGUAGCAUCGUCCCAUGUGUCACAGUUAUAUCCCCCUGUACAUGUAAAAUUACUGAUAUUUGCAUUCCCAUUUUUUUUUAUUCAUUUUGGUUUACUUCAUAAUCUUUUAUGUUUGUGUUAGUUCACGCUAUUUAAAGUGUACAGGAGGAUAGAAAUAUUAAGGAUUGCACAAUCAUAAUGUGGCUUGGAUGUUGAGAUGCAAUUUGUGCUGAAGGUUACCAUAGGUCUGAGCAUUCCAAUGUCAAAAAAUGCCCAAAAAAACAGGUCAUUUCCUGUGUUGACAGUGCACUUAGUUGUACACGAUGACUGAGUAUUUAUUUCAGCAACAAAAACUAGAAUGUCUGACCAGGAUAUCCAAUGCAGUUACUAGGUUCCAGCUGUAUUUGAUCUAAAAAUUCUAUGUAAUCUCCUAUCAGUUUGCUACCUCAAAACCAGCAUAUUUGUUUUCCCUCUUACCCAUUAAACUCACAUUGCCAAGAUUAAUAGCCAACACCCAAUGAACUGCUUGUUAAACAGCAAUAAAUCCAAUCAUGUUACUACAGGAGCUGUAUUAAUUAUUAAUAUUAAUCUGAGACCGGUUUGCUUCCAGUGUAGACGUAUGGCCUUACUAAUAAUACUGAAGUGUGAAUAUUCCUACUGUCAGAAGAUUUGUACAUACAGUUCCUGACCAUACAGGCUGGCCUGAGUAUAUCGGCUCUGAUCACUGCUAUGCAACACUGAAAAAUGAAUGGCAAGUGCAGCUUUAUCGUUUGAAUAUGAUAUCAUGGUGUGUACCUGUUUGUUGUUAUUUCUAAUGUGUCAUUAUUUUCUUAUUACAGCAUGCGGAAAUGUAUACAACGGCUGCAGGAGGCAAAGUGCUAAAUUUUGCAAGUGGGACAGAAGUACUGGUUGAAUUGACAAUUUUAUCUUUAAACUAGCACAGUUCCCUGUUCAUUAGUAAAUACUGAACUAGAGACAUGCCAUGCUAUAUUCCCGUCAAAUCCCCUGUCCUUGUAAAAAGCAAAACUAAGUCUGUAAUGUUCAGUGUUCAUUUUAUACUCCUGAUAUUUAUUAGCAGUUGUCUCCUGUUGCUUCUCACACAUGCACUUUACCUGCAGUUUGUGCAUGCGACCUUCACAAAUGACAGUUGGAGAGAUUGCUCAUGUUUUAUGGAUGCUAUAUUCUAUAUUAUCCAUGUUUUAUGUGACUUUUUCAUUCUUGAAAAGUGCUGAACUGGAAGUAAAACAUGGCUGUCCUCUAUAAAAAUGCAAUUAAAUUGA